GACUUUUGCUUGUUUACAUUUCGAAUAAUGUCCUUAAAUCUUAAAAUUAAGAUAUUUUAUACGUGACAUUGGCCGUAAUAACAAUAACGAACAUUUAUUGCUCAUCUAGCACCAGAUGCUUGAAAAAAGAAGAAAAGAUAAAAGUUGAAAUAUCCAUAACUUAAUCUUUUUUAAAAUUUAAAUAGUUAAUGCAAUAACUGACUAACAGACAACAGUAUAUAGAAAUAAAUUAAUUGUCAUAGUAACUAAGGCAUUAACUAACUUCGUUGAUCAAUAAAAAAACGUGUAUUAACAUAGAGAAGACAAUAUAUCUCUAACGAUAUCAUGAAAUAUAUUUAAAAAAUUUAAAACAGCCUUUUUGAAAAUGGAAGGCGCUUAUCGAGACAAAUUUUCAUUUAUCGGAGAAUGGUAUGAUAAUCAAGCUAGCCUGAUUCGUCGGUUCAAUGUAUUUUACUAUCCCACCGAUGAUACAAUAGAAAUGUAUGAUUUAAAAAACCGAAAAACUUUUCUUCGAAGAGUUAAAGUCCAUGGAGUAACUUUAGACAACUUUUAUAUUGGAUCUACUCUACAGAUUUUAGGAAGGUUGAUAAAAAUUGUUGAUUUCGCUUGUGAAGCUACAAGAACACAAUUGCACAAGGAUAUGGAAGUAACAUUUGCUAUGAUUAAGCCACUCCCGACUAAAAUAGCUGGAAAAAUAUUAACUCAUUUUUAUGAACAAGGUUUGAAGGUAACUAAGAUGAAAAAAGCUUUCCUUACUGCUGAAGAUAUUAAUUUUCUAUACAGAAAAGUAGUUUCGGAUCCAACAUUUCCAUUUCUUCUGGACUAUCUCUCUGGUCAACAAGUUUAUGGCUUGGAAUUGGUAGGAAAAGACUCUGUGUCGGCAUGUGUGAAAGUACUUGGCAAUAAAGAUCCAUUGAAAGCUGAACCUGGCACUAUAAGAGCUCUAUAUGGUACAGAUCCUGUAAGAAAUUGUGCCCAUGUGUCAACUAGCCCUGAGGAUGCACUAGAGGAUAUUGAUUAUUUUUUUCCACCACCAGCUUUACGAUCUGUCCGUCUUCGGUUAACAGCAACUCUGUCCAACUGCACAUUAUGCAUAGUAAAACCACAUGCAAUACGUGAAGGAAAGCUAGGAGCAGCAUUAGAAGUUAUUGAUGAUGGAGGGUUUAAUGUUACAGCAUUAAAUAUGUUUAUUGUGGAAAACAUUAAUGCUGCUGAAUUUUAUGAAGUGUACAAAGGAAUAGUCCAAGAGUACAAGGGUAUGGUCGAAGAGUUAUCUAGUGGUCCUUGCAUUGCUAUGGAAAUAGUUGCCAAAGACAAAAAUGUUAAUACUGCCGUGGAAUUUCGGAAGUUAGUUGGCCCAUCUGAUCCAGAGAUUGCCAGAUUAUUACGUCCACACACUUUAAGAGCGAAAUUUGGAAAGACAAAAGUGCAAAAUGCAAUACACUGCAGUGAUUUAGCUGAAGAUGGUUUAUUAGAAGUUGAGUAUUUUUUCAAAAUUUUGGAUCUUUAAAAGACUGAUUAGUUAUUGGUGAUCUGUGAUUGGAGUGCAUUUUUGUUUGUUAUCAAGCUGUUUGGCUCGUUACAUAUUUGAAUUUACUUGUAAAGCACUACAAAGAAUAGAGCAUGUUUCAUCAAGAAGACAAAUCAAGCUAGUUAAUUCUAUAAUAAUAGGUUAAUAUCAAAUAUCUGAAAUCAUUAAAUCCAUAAGUUUACACGGAUGCAUUUUAUAUAAGCAAAAUACUUCCAAUAGUUUUAAUAUUGAUAGCCAAAAUUCGAAACUAGCCAGCCACAAGUGGUAUUCACAUAUUAUAAUAGUAUAUACUUCUUGGACUACAUCGUAGACCAUUAUUUUUGUAUGAAAAGAAUAUGUUUACUUCAUAGUCAUUCUCAUAUGUGCUUCUUUGCACUAUAUUGUAUAAUAUUUGAGAUUCAAACCAAUGAAAUGUAACUUGAUUUGAUAAAAAGGAAGACUGAGUUUAUAUUUUUCUACACAUUUUAGUUUUUCCAUAAUAAAGAGCACUUCU